CCGGCUCUCUGUGCGAGUCGCAUCUCCUCUCCUCUACCUCCCUCGUGGCUCUCGCGAUCCCUUAUACCAAGGGAAUGAGCAUUGGGCCCGCUUAUUAGCACCUAUCUUCACCCCGGUGCUUCGGAAACUACGGAUACGGAAGUUCGAUCGAACUUUUCCCGCCUCAUUCGACCUCCCGGCUACGACGACUUGAGAGAUAAUUCACCAUGGCCCCCGCGGCGACAGACACGAACUGGUCGGUCAAUUACGACGUCCUGAGACGGGAGAAGCUUUUCCGCAACCCUCCCAAGGACCAGACCGCAUACCCGGCCUUGGCGGCUGCCAUCCGGCCGCAUGUCGAUUCUUUCAAUGCGCUCUUCGACGGCCCCAAGACGCUGGAGGCGGCCCUGAAGGAUAUUGGCACCAAGACCUUCAUCGACGGUGAAGCCGAGACUCCUGAACAAAAGAAGGCGCGGCUGGCAGAGGGGCGCAAGGCGCCCAAGCGGAACAAGCUGCAUGUCCGUGUUAGCGAGGUUUUCCUCGAGAAGCCGGCCCUGCCUCCGUCGAACAAGUUCACUUCCCGCAACCGCAACAUCUACCCCUCGGAAUGCAGAGAACGCCAUGCGACGUACCGUGGAAAGCUCCGCGCCAGACUCGAGUGGCGCGUCAACAAUGGCGAUUGGAUGGAGUCGGUCAGAGAAUUGGGUCAGGUUCCCAUCAUGUUGAGGACCAACCGCUGCCAUCUGGAAAAGGCCACGCCUAAUGAACUUGUUGAGCACAAGGAAGAGUCGGAGGAAUUGGGUGGUUAUUUCAUUGUCAACGGUAAUGAGAAGCUCAUUCGAAUGUUGGUCGUUGGAAAGCGCAACUACCCCAUGGCGAUUAUUCGUGGUUCCUUCGUUCGCCGUGGACACACCUACACCAAGUAUGGUGUUCAAAUACGUUCGGUGCGGCCGGAUCAGACGUCGCAGACCAACGUCCUUCACUACCUUACCGACGGUAACCUGACUUUCCGUUUCUCGUGGCGCAAGGCCGAGUAUCUCGUCCCGGUGAUGAUGAUCCUCAAGGCCUUGGUGGAGACGAAUGACCGCGAAAUUUUCGAGGGCAUCGUUGGCAGCGCUUCUUCCGAGGGAAUCAAGAACACCUUCGUGACUGACCGUGUCGAGCUGCUUCUGCGGGUUUACAAGGCAUACAACACACACAGUCGCGCCGCUUGCCGGGCCUACCUCGGAGAGAAGUUCAGACCCGUCCUCGGUGUGCCCGCAGACAUGUCCAACGAGGAUGCUGGUACCGAGUUCCUCCGCAAGGUCGUUCUGCCUCACCUUGGGAACCAGAACGUCACCGAGAACCAGGACUACGACAAGUUCAAGAUGCUCCUGUUCAUGAUCCGAAAGCUCUAUGCUCUGGUUGCUGGCGACUGCGCUCCUGACAACCCGGAUGCUGUUUCCAACCAGGAGAUCCUGCUUGGUGGAUUCCUCUACGGAAUGAUCUUGAAGGAAAGACUUGAGGAAUGGGUGAGGUCCUUCCAGCCAAUCCUCAGGGAUUGGUCCAACCGCAAUGCCGGUGCCACGUUCACCGAUCCGGCCUUUGAAAGGGAUUUCCUGGCCAAGGUCGUCAAGCGCUCGAAUGAGAACAUCGGUGGUGCACUGGAGUACUUCUUGUCUACGGGUAACCUCGUCAGUCCUACUGGUCUCGACUUGCAGCAACCGUCCGGUUACACGGUCAUGGCGGAAAAGAUCAACUUCUACCGUUUCAUCAGUCACUUCCGCAUGAUUCACAGAGGUAGUUUCUUCGCCCAGCUGAAGACGACAACCGUCCGUAAGCUGCUUCCCGAGAGUUGGGGUUUCUUCUGCCCUGUACACACUCCUGAUGGUUCGCCCUGUGGUCUGCUUAACCAUCUUGCGCACAAGUGCUUGAUUGCAACUAGCGACGUGGACACCACUCACAUCCCCAAGGCGCUGGUUCAGCUUGGUGUGCGCUCCGACUCGUCUGUCUCUGUGACCGAAAGCGUCACCGUCCAGCUUGACGGUAGAAUCAUCGGUUACUGCUCACCGAAACAGGCUUCUGCGAUCGCGAACACCCUGCGACGCUGGAAGGUCAUGGGCUCUGACAAGAUCCCGCGCGAGCUGGAAAUUGGCUACAUCCCCAACACCAACGGUGGUCAAUACCCUGGUAUUUACAUGUUCUCGCAAGCCGCCAGAAUGUACCGCCCCGUCAAGCACCUUGGACUCGACAAGCUGGACUACGUUGGUCCCUUCGAGCAGCCCUUCAUGGAGAUUGCAUGCUUGCCUCAGGAUCUCAUCUCCGGCGUGUCGACGCACAUCGAGUUCACCCCUACCAACAUCCUCUCUAUCGUCGCCAACAUGACGCCUUUCUCCGACCAGAACCAGUCGCCUCGUAACAUGUACCAGUGCCAGAUGAGCAAGCAAACGAUGGGUACACCCGGUACCGCCAUCCAAUAUCGUACGGACAACAAGCUUUACCGUCUGCAGACGGGUCAAACGCCCAUUGUGCGCCCCCCUCUCUACAACGCGUAUGGUCUGGACAACUUCCCCAACGGAACUAACGCCGUUGUUGCUAUUAUCUCCUACACCGGUUACGACAUGGACGACGCUAUGAUUAUCAACAAAUCCUCCCACGAGCGUGGCUUCGGUUACGGUACGAUCUACAAGACCAAGAUCCACUCUCUCGACGAGAAGGACUCUCGCCGCGGCAAGUCCAGACGCGAGGUCACCAAGCUCUUCGGUUUCGCCCCUGGAGGCGAGAUUCGCGCCGACUGGCGUGCCACUCUGGACGAAGACGGUCUCCCGCACAUCGGUGCCCGCGUGAAGGAGGGCAGUCUCGUCGCCGCAUGGCACACGGUGCGCUAUGAUGCCGCCUCCGACUCCUACGUCAACGUUGACGGAAUUACCCACUUCGUCAAGUACAAGGACGCCGAAGAAGGAUACAUCGACAGCGUGCGCAUCCUGGGAGCGGAAUCCGGAGUCGAGCCCGGCCAGGCUCUCAGCGUCAAGUACCGCAUUCCCCGUAAGCCCAUCAUCGGUGACAAGUUCUCGUCUCGUCACGGUCAAAAGGGUGUUUGCUCCCAGCUCUGGCCCGCCGUGGACAUGCCCUUCUCCGAGAGUGGUAUCCAGCCCGAUCUGAUCAUCAACCCUCACGCUUUCCCCUCUCGAAUGACCAUCGCCCAAAUGAUCGAAUCCAUGGCCGGUAAAGCCGGUGCCCUACACGGCCAUCCCCAAGACUCCACCCCCUUCCAAUUCUCCGAAGAAAACACCGCGGCCGACUACUUCGGCCACCAGCUCCGCAAAGCCGGAUACAACUACUUCGGCAACGAGCCCCUAUACAGCGGUAUCACAGGCAAGGAAUUCGCAGCGGACAUCUUCAUCGGUGUCGUCCACUACCAACGUCUCCGUCACAUGGUGAACGACAAGUUCCAAGUGCGUACCACCGGUCCCGUCAACCAACUGACCGGCCAACCCGUCAAGGGUCGUGCCAAGGGAGGUGGUAUCCGUGUCGGAGAAAUGGAGCGCGAUUCCCUCAUCGCCCACGGCGCCGCCCACAUCCUCCAGGACCGUCUCAUGAACUGCUCCGAUGCUACCCGCUCCUGGAUCUGUCGCGACUGCGGCUCCUUCCUCUCCACCCAGGUGGCUGUGUCCUCUGCUGGAUCAAGCAAGGCUCGUAUUGCCGCUGCGAAGGCCGCUUCGAACCAGCAUUCCGGUGCGAACGCUAUUAGCGGAGCGCCGAGUAUUGUUCGUUGUCGUCGUUGUGCUAGGGAGGCUGUCUUUGAGGAUUCCCGCGCGGAUGUCUGGGAGGAUGGUGAUGGUCGUCGCUAUGUUGGUGGUGAUAAUGUUACUGUUGUGGCGGUGCCCGGUGUCUUGAGGUACUUGGAUGUUGAAUUGGCGGCUAUGGGUAUUCGUAUGAAGUUCUGGGUGGAUAAUUAGGGUGCAUAUAUUUUAUUUUUAUUUUUUAUCCGUGUGGGGGGAUGAUGAUAUAAAAAGCAAACCUUCUUUUUGUUCGUUGUUAGAUUGGGGGCGCAUUUUCAGCACUGCUUUCUUUUGCUAUAAAAUUGCUUGUUGUUUGGCUUCUUG